GCUCUCCUCACUGUCUUGACAGGCUGAGGCGGCUGUCGUCCCCGGACGACAGGGCUGGACGGCUCUAGGCAGAUUCUCGCCGGCGGCCGGCGCAAUUCUGCCUCUCAGAGAGAGCUUAGUGCCGCGGGUUUCGCCCGUUCCCGCCGCCGGCGGAAGCCGAGUCAGACCGAGGCCGAGCCGAGACGAGCCGAAUGUGCCCGAGGCCGAAUGUUCCCGAACGUCCGUUCGCCACCUCUUCCCUUCCGAAAGUGCCCGAGCGGUGCCGGACGGACUAAUCGGGCCUCGGCCGUGGCUCGGACGUCCGCUCCCGAAACGCGGCGCGGUCGGGCCCCUUCGUCAGGAGACGCGAAAAUGGCCGAAGGAGCGCGAGCGCGCGGGCCGAGAGGCUGCCGGGAUCGCGACGGACCGGCGGGCGGGGCGGGUAAGAUGGCGGCCCCGCGGCGAGGGAGAGGAUCCUCCACAGUGCUCUCUUCAGUUCCCCUUCAAAUGCUGUUUUAUCUCAGCGGAACGUACUACGCCCUGUAUUUCCUCGCCACGCUCCUGAUGAUCACGUAUAAAAGUCAGGUGUUCAGCUAUCCUCACCGCUACCUGGUCCUCGAUCUUGCUCUGCUGUUUCUGAUGGGGAUUCUGGAAGCAGUUCGGUUAUACCUGGGCACCAGGGGCAACCUGACAGAGGCUGAGAGGCCGCUGGCCGCCAGCCUGGCCCUCACGGCUGGCACCGCCCUCCUCUCUGCCCACUUCCUGCUUUGGCAGACCCUAGUGUUGUGGGCGGACUGGGCCCUCAGUGCCACGCUCCUGGCCCUUCACGGCCUGGAGGCCGUCCUGCAGGUGGUUGCCAUCGCGGCCUUCACCAGAGGCCACGGUGAGCUGCAGGACAGCCCUGAGGACCCGCUUCACACACCAGCACCUGAGCGCCUCGGGCCACCUCCCUCACCAGCGCCUGCACUCGCAGAAGACCAGCUGGGCACACCUGCCAUCUGGAGGACCCAGCCCACAAACCAUGCAGACCAGGGAAGGGCCCCCUCCCUGAAGCUGGAGACCUGUUGCCUUCAUGGUUAAUGGAUCCUGAUACCUCCAGUCUCAGUGGGCACACAAAGGCAGUGGUCACCUGUUCCACAGGGAACGCCAUGGCUCCAGGUGACCCAGAGUGGAUGGGGCCCGAGAGACCAGCCUGGACUGUCUCCUGAGGGCAGGCUCCGCACUCAAAAUCGUGUUGACAGGCACCCGUUUAGGAGUGGAGAGGGACCCCACCCCCCGGCUGUCCUCUCCAGCGCCUAUUUCCCACUUGGCCACUCCCAGCUCUGCCUCCAGGAAGGGUGAGGGCAUGGGUGCACCGUGGGGUUGGCGUGUGUGACCCUGAGCUCUGGGUCAGGGCAAGCUCAUGCAUGGAGCAGGAUCACGGCAGGUUCUUGGAGAUCAAACUGCAAAGGCUAUAAACCAGGAAGCCAGGCCUUGCCUGGGCUCAGGGGCAGGCACUGGGCCCGAAGGAGGAGGGCCACUUCCUGCCAGCCCUCCACUGAGCUCACCUAUGGCGCCUCCCCAGGAAGUGCUCCGGCCAGCCCAGGGUAAACACGCUGGCCCUGCCCCUCUGGGACCACAGCCCGGGGACCCAGACUCUUGGCCACGCUCAUUCCCACCCCUACCCAGGACCGGCAGCUGGAGCCUUGGGUCCCUGCAUGGGCCUGGGGCGCCCUGUGCCCCUUCACCUCCUCCUCGUCCAGUUGACUGCUGUGGCAGCUGGUGCUACCCGCUGUGUCCACUGCACCCUGGCCCUGUUCUGAGCGGUCACAGCAGCUGGGGAGAAGGGCCAUCCUGGGAGCCGGGCAGAUGAGGACGGAACCAGACAGUCCCCCUGUGGUGGGCAGAGGGAGAAGGGCCAUCCUGGGAGCCGGGCAGAUGAGGACGGAACCCCCCUGUGGUGGGCAGAGGGAGAAGGGCCAUCCUGGGAGCCGGGCAGAUGAGGACGGAACCCCCCUGUGGUGGGCAGAGGGAGAAGGGCCAUCCUGGGAGCCGGGUAGAUGAGGACGGAACCAGACAGUCCCCCUGUGGUGGGCAGAGGGUGGGGCCCGGGCCUGACCAUGGGGCAGUGCAAGGAGAGAGGCAUCCUGAGAGGGCCUGAGGUGUCCCUACCUCCCCCGACACCCCAUCCCUCAGUGCCCAGGCUGGGCAGAAAGGGGGGCCUGGAGGAGCAGCUGCACUGUGAGCUCAGGGCUCCAGGCCUGGGGUGGGCAUGGUUGGGUCCUGCCUGACACCCACCCACUCACCGAAGCCUCUGCCCCUGGGCCUGGGGAUGGGCCCGGUAAGGGAAGCAACUCUGCCCCAUGCUUGGGGCACCUGAGGGGUGCACCCGGCCCGGCGGAGGCUCUGACCUCCCCAGGGCUGGAGCCCUCCCCAGCAAUGCGCCAGCGCUGCCCCCGAAGUCCCAUUGGCAGCGUUCCCCCGUCCCCCGGCCUGCUGGGGCGCAGCUAGGCCCUGCCCAAGGAAGAGCUCGAGGCCUCGCCCUGCUCAUCCCGCGGAGGCGGCCCUGCGCCCCGCCUGUCCCCAGCGCCACAGCUGUAGGGGCGAGGCCCGCGGAGGGGCACACCAGGCGGGUGUUGGGUAGGACAGGGAGGGCUGGGGCUGGAGCCCAGGCGGGGCCGGGGGCGGGGCGGAGCUGGGUCCGAGGCCGGCGGGGGCGCCUCCAUCCCACGCCCUCCUCCCCCGCGCGCCCGCCCGCUCUCGGGUGACUCCGCAACCUGUC